GUUGGAACAGCAGGCGGUGGGUGAAGAAAGAUGAAAGUGGCAUGGAAGAAGAAGAACAAUAAGCGACCAAUCGCUGCCGUCUCUGACCACCUCCCAUUCGAUAAGGAAGACGAAGGACGAUGCAAAGCAAAAACAAAAGAAACAGAAUCCAAGUCUGAUGAUGACGACACGAUUCAACUUGCCCAAUCUUUUGAAGCACAAGGGAACAAGCUUGCCGAGGUGGGGAAAUACCAUGAAGCACUUGGAAAGUGGGAAGCUGCUAUUACUUUGAUGCCUGAGAGAGCAACUUUACACGAGCAGAAAGCUCAAGUUUUACUUGAAAUCGGGGAAACCUGGAAGUCUCUCACUGCAGCAACCCGUGCAACUCAAUUGGAGCCUUCAUGGGCGGAGGCAUGGGUUACUCUUGGUAGGGCCCAGCUUAACUUUGGGGAGCCUGACAGUGCCAUAGAAAGCUUUGACACUGCAUUAGCUAUCAAGGCUGAUUGUGUAGAAGCAAAAGAGGACAGGCAGACUGCACUACAUCUUGUCAAGAAACGAAAACAGCUUCAUACGGCAGGCCUUAGCGUCUCUGAAAACCGCUAUGUGGUUGGAGAAAAAAGCAAACCAUAAUCAAAACUCGAAAGUGGCUUUCGUUGACCUAUCUUUCUUUAAUCACAUAUGUUGUCAUACUAGCUUCUUGCUUUUAUCUUUUGUCAUAAUAGAUAAAUCGGAUGUUCUACUUAUAGUAGUGAUAUAAUAAGAUGUACAAAGUUUUUAGAUUCACUCGAUAAUGUAAUAAGAGUUCUUAGAUUUUUAAGUAA